UCUUGGACCUUCACUUCAUCAUCAUCAUCAAAACCACCCCUCCCUUCCCCCGUACGUUCAACUCCGACCCGCUCGCACGCGAUCACGAUUAAUUGGUUUCUUCUGCAGGUUACAGAUACGAUAAUCUUUUUUCUUCCCUUCUCUCCUCUCGUUCGACCUCUGCCCCUUUUUGUUUUCGCGCAGGGCCAACAGCUUAGGGCUACGCAAGCUCCCGACUUGUCCGACCCCUAAUUCCAUCCCAACAGCAUUGUUUUCCGCACGCCAUCUCGAUUCUCGUAGCAUACCGCUGUCGCUAUAAUACCGCGCUUUGCGCCCAAAGUUUUAGAUAUAUAUUCUGCACGGAACCAUGGCGCCCUUGCCCAUCAAGUUCCAGGAGCUGGUCCAGCUCGCCAGCGUCGGCGUUGACGCGCAGUCCAUCUCCUUCAAUUCCUGCACACUCGAGUCCGAUUCGUACGUGUGCAUCAGAGAGAAAAAGGACGAGGCUUCCCAACCAGAAGUCGUCAUCGUCGAGCUCAAGAACGGCAACAAUGUUACACGCAGACCAAUCAAGGCCGACAGUGCCAUCAUGCACUGGAACCGUCAGAUCAUCGCCCUCAAGGCCCAGUCAAGGACGCUGCAGAUCUUCGACCUCGACCAGAAGAAGAAGCUCAAGUCGUGUACCAUGAACGACGACGUCCAGUUCUGGACCUGGGUCAGCGAAUCUACGCUCGGUCUUGUCACCACUACCAGCGUUUUCCACUGGGAUGUCUACGACGAUGCCCAGGAGGCUCCCGUCAAGGUCUUUGAGCGCAAUGCCAACCUCAAUGGCUGCCAAAUCAUCAACUACCGCGUUAACGACGAAGGAAAAUGGAUGGUUGUUGUUGGUAUCUCCCAGCAGGGUGGCCGCGUUGUCGGUGCCAUGCAGCUCUACUCCAAGGACCGCGGCAUCAGCCAGGCCAUUGAAGGCCACGCUGCGUCGUUUGGCUCGCUGCGCCUCGAAGGUGCUCCCCAAGAUACCAAGCUCUUCAGCUUUGCUGUCCGAACAGCUACCGGCGCCAAGCUCCACGUCGUCGAGGUCGACCACGCCGAAUCGAACCCCGUCUUCCAGAAGAAGGCCGUUGAUAUCUUUUUCCCUCCCGAAGCUACCAACGACUUCCCCGUCGCCCUGCAGGUUUCCCAAAAGUAUGGCGUCAUCUUCAUGGUCACCAAGUACGGUUUCAUUCACCUCUACGAUCUUGAGACUGCCACUCUCAUCUUCAUGAACCGCAUCUCCUCCGAGACCAUCUUCAGCACUUGUGCCGACAAGGACUCCGCCGGUCUUGUGGCUAUUAACCGCAAGGGUCAGGUCCUUUUCGUCACUGUUGAUGAGAGCACCGUUAUCCCUUACCUGCUCGACAACCCCGCCAACACCGAGAUCGCUAUCAAGCUUGCCUCCCGUGCUGGUCUCCCCGGUGCCGACAACCUCUACGCCAGACAGUUUGACCAGCUCUUCAACGGCGGUAACUACCUCGAAGCUGCCAAGAUUGCUGCCAACUCUCCUCGUGGCUUCCUCCGAACGGCCGAGACGAUCGACAAGUUCAAGCGCCUCCCCACCCAGCCCGGUGCCAUGUCCUUCUCCCUGCAGUACUUUGGCAUGCUCCUCGACAAGGGUGCGCUGAACAAGCAGGAAACUCUGGAGCUCGCUCAGCCCGUCCUCCAGCAAGAGCGCAAGCACCUCUUGGAGAAGUGGCUCAAGGAGGGCAAGCUUGACUGCUCUGAGCAGCUCGGUGACAUGGUCCGCCCCUACGACGUGAACAUGGCUCUGACCAUCUACCUCAAGGCCAAUGUUCCCCAGAAGGUUGUCGCUGGCUUUGCCGAGACUGGUCAGUUUGACAAGAUUCUGCCUUACUCUGCUCAGACUGGCUACAAGCCCGACUUCAUCCAGCUUCUCCAGCACAUCAUCCGCUCCAACCCCGAAAAGGGUGCCGAGUUUGCCACUGCCCUGGCCAACAGCGACCAAGGUCCUUUGGUUGACUUUGAGCGCGUUUGCGACAUCUUCCAGUCUCAGGGCAUGAUUCAGCAGGCCACCGCUUUCCUCCUUGACGCCCUCAAGGACAACAAGCCUGAGCACGCCCGUCUCCAGACCAGACUCUUGGAGAUGAACUUGAUGCACGCUCCCCAGGUUGCUGAGGCCAUCUUGGGCAACGACAUGUUUACCCACUUUGACAAGCCCCGCAUUGCCCAGCUUUGUGAGCAGGCUGGCCUUCACCAGAAGGCUUUGGAGCUGUACGAGGACCCCGAAGCUGUCAAGCGCGUCAUCAUCAACAUUCCCGGUCAGCCCAACUUCAACCCCGAGUGGUUCAGUGAGUUCUUUGGCAAGCUGUCUGUUGAGCAGUCGCUCGACUGCCUUGACGCCAUGAUGAAGCACAAUAUCCGCCAGAACCUUCAGUCUGUUGUCAACAUUGCUACCAAGUACUCUGAGCUUCUUGGCCCUGUUCGUCUCAUUGACCUCUUUGAGAAGUACAAGACCUCCGAGGGUCUCUUCUACUAUCUCGGCAGCAUUGUCAACUUGUCUGAUGACGCCGAUGUUCACUUCAAGUACAUUGAGGCUGCUACCAAGAUGGGCCAGUUCAACGAGGUUGAGCGCAUUUGCCGUGACAGCAACCACUACAACCCCGAGAAGGUCAAGAACUUCCUCAAGGAGGCCAAGCUCCAGGAGCAGCUUCCUCUCAUCAUUGUUUGCGACCGCUUCAACUUUGUUCACGACUUGGUUCUCUUCCUCUACCAGAACCAGCAGUUCCAGGCUAUCGAGGCUUACGUCCAGCGUGUCAACCCCUCUAGAACCCCUGCCGUUGUUGGUGGCUUGUUGGACGUUGACUGCGAUGAGAAUAUCAUCAAGCAGCUUCUGACAACUGUUAAUGCUCAGGAAAUCAACAUUGAUGAGCUUGUCUCUGAGGUCGAGAGCCGCAACCGCCUCAAGAUCCUCCUCCCCUUCCUCGAGGCUACUCUCCAAGCUGGUAACCAGCAGCAGGCUGUCUACAACGCCCUCGCCAAGAUUUACAUCGACUCCAACAACAACCCCGAGAAGUUCCUCAAGGAGAACGACCAGUACGAUACCCUCACCGUGGGUAAGUACUGCGAGAAGCGCGAUCCCAACCUGGCGUACAUUGCCUACUCCAAGGGCCAGAACGACUUGGAGCUCGUCAACAUCACCAACGAGAACUCCAUGUACAGAGCUCAGGCCCGCUACCUCUUGGAGCGCUCCGACAACGAACUCUGGUCCUUUGUGCUGAGCGAGAACAACAUCCACCGUCGCUCUGUGGUUGAUCAGGUUACUGCUACUGCUGUUCCUGAGUCCACCGACCCCGCCAAGGUCUCCGUUGCUGUCGCUGCUCUUUUGGAGAACGACCUGCCGCUUGAGCUUAUUGAGCUCUUGGAGAAGAUUGUUCUCGAGCCCUCACCCUUCAGCGACAACCAGAACUUGCAGAACCUUUUGCUCUUCACUGCUGCCAAGGCUGACAAGGGUCGCGUCAUGGACUACAUCCACAAGCUCGACGGCUACAACGCCGACGAGAUUGCCACGUCGUGCAUUGACGUCGGUCUUCACGAGGAAGCCUUUGAGAUCUACAAGAAGGCUGACAACAAGUCUGCCGCCGUCAAUGUCCUUGUUGACCAUGUUGUCAGCAUCGACCGUGCCCAGGCCUACGCUGAAGAGGUCGACAUCCCCGAGGUUUGGAGCAAGGUUGCCAAGGCCCAGCUUGAUGGUCUUCGCGUAACCGACUCCAUCGAGUCCUACAUCAAGGCUGAGGAUCCCAAGAACUACGAGGAGGUCAUUGAGACUGCCACCCGCGCCGGCAAGAACGAGGACCUCGUCAAGUACCUCCGCAUGUCCCGCAAGACUCUCCGCGAGCCCGCCAUCGACACUGCCCUCGCCUUCAGCUACGCUCGUCUCGACAACCUCCCCGAGCUUGAGGACUUCCUCCGCUCUACCAACGUUGCCAACAUUGAAGAAUCUGGUGACAAGGCUUACGAGGAGGGUCUCUUCGAGGCUUCCAAGAUCUUCUACUCCAGCAUCUCCAACUGGGCCAAGCUGGCUACUACCUUGGUCCACCUUGGCGACUACCAGGCUGCCGUUGACUGCGCUCGCAAGGCCAACAACAUCAAGGUCUGGAAGGAGGUCCACGCGGCAUGUGUUGGCAAGAAGGAAUUCCGCCUUGCUCAGAUCUGCGGUCUCAACCUCAUCGUCGAUGCCGAGCAGCUGCAAGAGCUUGUCAAGGACUACGAGCACAACGGCUACUUUGACGAGCUCAUCAGCCUCUUGGAGCAGGGUCUUGGCCUCGAGCGCGCCCACAUGGGUAUGUUCACUGAGCUUGGUAUUGCUCUUUCCAAGUACCACCCUGAGCGCCUCAUGGAGCACAUCAAGAUCUUCUGGUCUAGAAUGAACAUGCCCAAGAUGAUCCGCGCCUGCGAGGAAGCCAACCUCUGGCCUGAGUUGGUCUUCUGUUACUACCACUAUGACGAGUUUGAUAACGCCGCUCUCGCCGUCAUUGAGCGCCCCGAGAACUCUUGGGACCACACACAGUUCAAGGAGAUUCUCGUCAAGGUUGCCAACUUGGAAAUCUACUACCGCGGUAUCAAGUUCUACGUCGAGCAGCACCCCUCGCUGCUUACCGACCUCCUUGCUGCUCUCACCGCCCGCAUUGACGUCAACCGUGUCGUCAAGAUGUUCCAGAAGAACGACAGCUUGCCUCUGAUCAAGCCCUUCCUUCUCAACGUCCAGUCCCAGAACAAGCGCACCGUCAACGAGGCCGUCAAUGACCUUCUCAUCGAAGAGGAGGACUACAAGACGCUCCGCGACUCCGUCCAGAACUACGACAACUACGAUGCUGUCGAGCUCGCCAGCCGCCUGGAGAAGCACGAUCUCAUCUUCUUCCGCCAGAUUGCCGCCAACAUUUACCGCAAGAACAAGCGCUGGGAGAAGUCGAUUGCCCUGUCCAAGCAGGACAAGCUCUUCAAGGACGCCAUCGAGACUGCCGCCAUCUCUGGCAAGAGCGACAUUGUCGAGGACCUCCUCCGCUACUUUGUCGACGUUGGUCACCGCGAGUGCUACGCUGGUAUGCUGUACGCCUGCAACGACCUCAUCCGCCCCGAUGUGGUUUUGGAGUUGUCAUGGCGCAACGGCCUCAACGACUUCACCAUGCCCUACAUGAUCAACAUGUUGGCUCAGCAGACCAAGGAGAUUGCUCUCCUCAAGGCCGACAACGAGGCCCGCAAGGCCAAGGAGAAGGACCAGGAGGUUGUCGAGGACAACACCCCCAUUCUGGGUGCCUCGCGCCUGAUGAUCACCGCCGGCCCCAGCGGCACGGCAUCACCCGCUCCCUACGGCCAGGCCAACGGCUUUGCUCCCCAGCCUACCGGCUUUUAACUUGCACACGGAUGAUGACUUUUUGAAGAGACCUCGGUAGACGGUGGGAUACAUAUUAAUUAUUUUCCAGCCGCCAGUCCAACAGCAAAAGCAGUUGGUGCUCGUUUUGUGAUGAUGUACGAGCUAUCACUGUCUUUUGUUAAGUGGAUGGGUUGCGCUGGAGUUUACGAAUCUUGUAACCAUAGUUGCACGCUUUGUUUUUGCUAGGCAGACGACAAGACGGAGGAGCAUAUACCACGAACCAAAAAACCAGUAUACUUUUUUGAGCGGCUUCCCUUGUGAAGGGUUCUUGCUGGAGACGGUGUUGUUUGCUGGCCUCGGGAGGGACAGUUAGGAACAUUCUAUCUAUAUAGGGCCCGGAGCAGGGGAGAAAAGCAGGAUGCCAUGGAUGAGCAGGCAGGACAACUUUGUGUGGGUUGUUCUGGCCUGUGAUGCGGAGGGGCGUCUUAUUUCCCUUUUUCAAUUUUACGAGACGGAUACGUUUAGUUGUCUGUAUGAUAGUUUUCUCUUUACUUGAAUUUAAUGCGUUAUACCUUAACUACUUUUCUUUCCAUGUGAAUUCACCAGCGUGUCCUUGAUAUGUAAUACAUCACUGCUGUAUCUCUACUAAUAAAUUAUGAGUGUAUUACGCUUGUAAACUUUGUGUUUUAUAAUCGCGAGUCAAUUGUAUGUGUCUACUACUCAUGCCGCUAUACUAUACAUGCAAAUAAGAAAAAUCCAAAAAACGAAAAACGAAACAGUGCCAAUAAGAAACAUGAAAGCAAAAAAUCGAUCUACAGCUACAUCUACUACUUCUUGUUCGGCACCGGCGUGGGGUUAGCAACCUUGAGCCACUCCCCGUUGAACGCAUUAAUCAGCCAGUUAUUUAGCUUCUCAUAGACAAUCGUAUGUCCAUUGUGAAAGUAGAUGCCGUGGUCCGAGUCAGGGAAGACAUGGACAUCGUAGUUUUCCACGCCCGCCAUGUCGAGGUCAUCCAGCAGCGUGAGGGAGUUCUGGAAGUGCACAUUGUCGUCUGCAGAGCCGUGCAUCAGCAGGAAGCGCUUGCUGUCGCCGAGGGCUGUGGCGUUGUUGAUGCUCGCCUUCUUGUAUCCCUCUGGGUUGACCUGCGGCGUGCGCAUGUAGCGCUCCGUGUAGAUGGAGUCGUAGAAGCGCCAGCUGGUGACGGGCGCAACGGCCAUGCCAUACGAAUACGUGCGGCCCUGGUCCUGCUCGAGCGUCUUAAGCGUCAUGAAGCCGCCGUACGACCAGCCCCAGAUGGCUAGGCGCGACUCGUCGACGUAUGGCAGGGAUGCGUAGUAUUGGCCCGCGGCGAUGUGGUCCUGUGCUUCGAGGACGCCGAGCUGUGAGCGCACGCCGACGCGGUGCUUGCGGCCGAGGAAGCCUGUGCCCCGAGGGUCGACGGUCACCACGACGUAGCCGAGGUUAGAGGCCACGUAGGACUGGAAGUCGACGGCGAAGCGCUUCGUGACUUGCUGCGAGUUGGGGCCUGAGUACUGCUGGAACAGGACGGGGUACUUCUUGUUGAUAUCGAAGUGGCGUGGGCGGCGCUCGACGUAGUUGACGGUGGCGCCGGUGUCGAGCUCAAUGGUGCCGUACUUGAGCGUGGGGAGCUCGUGUUUACGGGCGCGGUCGGCGAGGAGCUCGUUGGCCUCGACGGUCUGGUUGUAGUUGAUAGCGAGGGAUGGCGUGGAGAUGACGCGCUGCGAGGGGAUGCGUGGGCCCUCGUUGCUGAGUAGAGCGUAGCCGCUGCCAGAGGAGAAGGACGCACUGUAGUAUGCCUCGACGGAGGUAUCAGUGAGGGGCUUGAGGUCAGUGCCAUCGAGCUUGACAGAGUAGACAUGGCGCUGAAUGGAGGAUUCCUUGGUGCCGAUGAAGUAGACGAGGUUGUUCUUCAGGUCAAUGGCUGAGGGCGCCUCCUCGACUUCCCAGUUGCCAGAUGUGAGCAUCUUGGGCGUGGCGUUGUCAAGGGGCGUGUAGUAGCCAAUGUGCUGGUAGCCGUUGUUGAUGACGGAGUCGACGUAGCCAUCGCUGGGGCGGCCGUUGGCAGGAUCAGCAGGCACAUAGGACAUGGUGUGGGAGAUUUCGAACCAGCCGCCGUCAAUCUUGUUGACAUCGAUGGUGUUGACCGUCUUGCCACUGCGGGCGGGCACGUCUACGAGAAUGACUUUAAGGAUGUCGCUAACACGGUUGGUCUCCUUAACAAGGACCUUGUUGCCAGCCCAGAGGAUGUUGUUAAUGAUGCGGUCGUCGCCGGCAAACUCGUCGCCAAUAUUGACGGAGAAGACGUCACCCUUGGCGAUAUCGUAGAACUGGAGAUCGACUACUGGGUUGUGCGCGCCGGCCUUGGGGUACUUGAUCUUGACGGUAUCGGGGUACGCUUCUUCUCCAGGGGCUGGCUGCUUGCCAGAAGGACGAGCACGGAAGAACUCGACAGGAAACUCGGGGACGCCCGUCUCGUUGGUUCGUAAGAAGGCGAGAUACUUGCCAUCUUCGGACCACCAGGUUGCACUGUUGCCGGAAAAGACCUCCUCCUCGUAAACCCAGUCGGGAAUACCGUAGAAGAACUCUGGGCCGCCAUCGUGGGUGAUUUGGACCACCUUGUUGUCGACAAGGCUGCGGAUGAACAUGUUGUUGUCCUUGGUGUAGACAAUGGCAUCGCUGCGAGGGCUCCAGGUUGCUAGUUGGACACGGGCACCGUCGUCAAGCGGGACAAGAGGUUCGACUGCCUGGGUUUCAACGUCAAGGAUAUAGUAAAUGGCAGUGAAGGAGUGACGCCAGUUCUUCUGCUUUUCUACUCCAAGAAGAACCUUUUUCAGGUCCGCACUAGGCUUUACAUAGGUGGCAUAGUGCUUCAUACCCUGGUGCUGAAAUGCCUGAUUCUUCAUAAGCGUCUUAGCAGCGAAGAUGUCGGCAUGGUUCUCGGAACCGCCCUUGCUGGCGCGCACGUCCUCGACAAUCAGAUAGUCUUUGUUGCGGGCGUUUUGCUCCAGCAUGAGGCCAUCGCGGCCGUCGGGACUAGCAAUCCAGCUAAUUUCUUGUGAUCUGGGAGACCAGAAGCCACCCAGCACUUGUUCGAGGGUAAUGGCCUUGGCAGAGCCUCUGUUGCCCGCGUUAGGGUCGUGCUCAUGGUCGCUUGCGUGUCGGUAUCCGCCAGUGAAGACGAAGAGGCCGAGCGCAGCAGCCCAGCCAGAGACAAAGAGUACGGCAACAAUAAUGACGAGCUUCUUCAUCUUUGUGUCCAUAGGCUUGCGUGGCACGUGCU